CGGCGUCCUUUGCCACGUAAACAAACUUGUUUCAUGCAGAGAAUAUCACCGUAUUGAACUUCUAUUUUAGCUUGGCGGAAGCUAUGUGUGGAAUACAGAUGAAAUAACGAAGUUGUGCUGAUUCUUAGCUGCAGUGGACCCAUUGUCGCGCACAUCGAGACCAACGUGGAACGGCAACAGCAUGUCUGCUCCGCCGUCUGUGACGCGCACGAUCGCGCUCUGCUCCAUUGCUAACCUCAUCAAUGCUGCCGAUCGCAUCAUCAUGCCCAUAGCCAUCGUACCGAUGACGGACGAAUUCAAGUGGAACUUACACUGGCAGGGCUGGAUACUCAGUUCAUUUGCGUUCGGCUACAUAUCUAGUCAGAUUCUUGGCAGUGGGGCAGCGCGAAAGUAUGGAGGCAAGCGGGUACUGACGUGUGCUGUAUUUCUCUGGUCCCUGUCCACACUUCUAACACCUGUGGUAGCACCAUCAUUAGUCCUGCUGAUUCUCUCACGGACACUGCUGGGAUUUGGAGAAGGGUUAGGUCUACCAACUGUUUAUCACAUAUUUGCCAACAAUGUGCCGAUUGAGGAGCGAUCAAAAGCAUUUUCCUACCUGGUAUCCUUCGGUACUAUCGGGCAAACUAUCGCUUCAUUGGUCUGCCCACACUUUCCAUGGCCGUGGAUGUUCUAUGUGUUUGGUAUCAUGGGAAUGCUUUGGGUGAUACUGUGGCUCAUCUUCUACAAGGAAACAACUGAACCUUUAGUGCUUUCCAUGGAGGAAGAAACUGGCUUCUUUCCUAAAGUGAGCAUGACGGGAGUGCAGUGGGUUGCGUUCUUCAAAAGCUGGCCGCUCUGGUCCAUCUACAUUGCUCACUUUGCGAUGAACUGGUCAAACUACGUCAUCAUGCACUGGUUGCCGACGUAUCUCUCCAGAAACCUCGGAGCGAGCAACGAGAGCAUGAGCCUCACAGCUGUGCCUUACAUAGCCAACGUUCUCGUUGGCAUCGCGGCUGGCCACUGUGCGGACUUCCUGAUUCGUCACCGCUCGACCGUGCUCUCCGUGCGACGUCUCAUGACUGCCGUGGGUCUCGUCGGACCUGGAGUCUUCAUACUGUUCUUCAGCGGGGUUCAGCACCUGCCUCUAGCCGUCAUCCUGAUAUCAAUCUCAAUGGGACUAUGUGCGACGAAUUCAGCUGGUCACCUGAGCAACCAUUCUGAAGUUGCUCCCCAUCAUUCCGGAGUGACGUUCGCCAUUUCUAACACUCUGGCAACCAUACCAGGCAUAGUGUGCGGACCACUGACGGCAGAGCUGGUGACUCAGUCGCACGGACGCUGGUACCCUGUGUUCAUCAUCGCAGCACUUAUCAACUUUGUUGGUGCCAUAAUCUACUGUAGUCACAGCUCCGCUGCCCCCGUCUUGUAGCGGGGGUUACCAUGGCAAUGACACGUACAGUUUCUCUGGCUCCAUCUUGUAGCGGGGUAACCACGGCGACAACACACUUCUGCUGGCCGCGUCUUGUUGUGGGAUCGUCACGGCAAUGACGCAGUUCCGCUUGUUGCAAGGUCGCCAUGACAACGGGAGUUCCACUUCCCCGCUUUAGUGCGGGGUCGCCACAGCAACGACGCAGUUCUACUGCCCCAUUCUGUUGUGGGGUCCCCAUGGCAACAAUAUUCGAUUGAAUUUGUGUGCAGAGACACUACGCAUAUGCUGACAUCUACACCCGAAAUGUGGCUUACCUGGAAAAAUGUUGUGAGCCAAUCAAAAAUGAGUUUGGAGAGGGACUUGAUGUUAACAGUCGUGAGCGUGAACUUGAUGAGAAACACCGGUGGAGAGUCGAGCAAUGGAACUAUAUCCAACUCGUGUGUGGAGCACGAAUAGCACGGAUUUUUGUGUGUAGUAAAAUGUUGGAUUGACAUGAAGCAUAUCUUCAACAAUGCUGUGGAGUCUGAGUGUAUUAUAGAAGUGCAUGGUGUUGUAUAUAGCACUAUACAUGUGAUGCCAUAUAUAUAUAUAUAUAUAGAU